AACACUGCUACUUCUUUCUCUCUCCCCCUCUCUCAGAACACUGCCACUCUCUCUGUCACCACCCCCACCACCUUGUCACUACCUCCCAGUUAGAGGAAGUUCACUCCACUUCACUAUUCUUUCUGUCAGACCCUGCAGCAGCACGUUGAACACUGAGCCAGUGUGACGGAAAUUAAGGGAACCUUUUGUGUAUCGCUGAAAAGAGGAACCUUUCUGUGAGGGAAAAGAUACCAGGCCGUGGCCCCGCCAUGCAUGUGAGACAUGACCAACAAGGCAGCCUGAGAUAGCUCGAGCAGCCCCCCGAGCAGCAUGGAGCCUAUAGGCAGCUGCGCCCCCUUGGCCUCAGAGUCGGACAUCUACCGCAGUGUCCAGGCCGUGCUCAGGGAGCUGGAGAGCCAGCUCCCCUCCUCUGUGAACAAUAAAGGGAUGCUAAGAUGGACGCUGCACAAGAAGGUUCGGAACAAUCCUGCCAACAGUCUCAUUCUGGUGAGAGUCGUCGUCAAGGAGCUGGAAAGGGCUGAGAGGGUAGACUGUCGGACACACAUCAUCCCCCUGCUCCACACACUCAUCUAUGCUGUCAUCCAGUCAGCCUACCUUCCUGACGACCUGUACAAGCGGGUGUAUGACUUCUGUAAGAGGCUGCUUACCCUCCCCCAGCCCUACUGUACUGUAGGCCUCAGCUACACCAGACGCAUGAAGACAGAACGCUACACGCCAGGAGUGCUGUAUCAGAGGAUGGUGGUUGCAGAGCAGAGCCUGAAGAAUGACUACCAUCCCUUUCAGGAGAGGGUGUUUGUGUUCGCCGAUCCGGCGGUCUUCUCCGGCCCCCACGGUGAGGCGCUGAGGGGGGACAUCGAGGCCUCGGGGUCAGGGGGGUAUCUGAAUCCCCUUGACCACAUGCGGAGCGUGGUCCAACACUCCAUCCAGGCUGCUCUUAGGAGGGAGCUGUGCCACGGUCCUAAACUGGCACAGGCACUGAAGGUGUGUGUUGGUCGCGCUGGUGGUUGUGUUGACAUUGAGUUUCGCUAUGACGUUCUUUCUCUAUAA